AUGUAUCUAUCUAUCUAUCACAGUUUGUUCAUAUCUGUAAGAGUUUGUUCAUAUCUAUCUAUUUAUCUAUCACAGUUUGUUCAUAUAUAUUACAGUUUGUCCAUAUCUAUUUAUCUAUCAUCAUCUUUGUUCAUAUAUCUAUCUAUCUGUCACAUUUGUUCUAUCUAUCUAUCUAUCUAUCUAUCUAUCUAUCUAUCUAUCUAUCUAUCUAUCAUCAUCUUUAUUCAUUUGUUCAUUAUACAUCUAUCACAGUUUGUUAAUAUAUGUCCCAGUUUGUUCAUAUCUAUCUAUCUAUCUAUCUAUCUAUCUAUCUCUAUCUAUCUAUCUAUCUAUCUAUCUAUCUAUCUAUCUAUCUAUCUGUCACAGUUUGUUCAUUAUAUCUAUCUCUAUCUAUCAUUUGUCAUAUCUAUCUAUCUAUCUAUAUCUAUUUCUAUCUAUCUAUCACAGUUUGUUCAUAUAUCUAUCACAGUUUGUUCUAUCUAUUUGUUCAUAUCUAUCUAUCUAUCUAUCUAUCUAUCUAUCUAUCUAUCUAUCUAUCUGUCACAUUUGUCAUAUCUAUCUAUCUAUCUAUCUAUCUAUCUAUCUAUCUAUCUAUCUAUCUAUCUAUCAUUUGUUAUAUCUGUCACAUUUGUUCAUAUCUAUCUAUCUAUCUAUCUAUCUAUCUAUCUAUCUAUCUAUCUAUCUAUCUAUCUAUCUAUCUGUCACAUUUGUUAUCAUCAUCUAUCUAUCUAUCUAUCUAUCUAUCUAUCUAUCUAUCUAUCUAUCUAUCUAUCUAUCUAUUAUAUCUGUCACAGUUUGUCUUCUAUCUAUUAUCUAUCUAUCUCUAUCUAUCCGUCACAGUUUGUUAAUAUAUGUCACAGUUUGUUCAUAUCUCUAUCUCUAUCUAUCUAUCUAUCUCUAUCUAUCUAUCUAUCUGUCACAGUUUGUUCAUUAUACAUCUAUCACAGUUUGUUAAUAUAUGUCACAGUUUGUUAUCUCUAUCUAUCUAUCUAUCUAUUUGUAUCUAUAUCUAUCUAUCUAUCUAUCUAUCUAUCUAUCUAUCUAUCUAUCUAUCUAUUUUUUGUCAUAUCUAUCUAUCUAUCUAUCUAUCUAUCUAUCACAGUUUGUUCAUCUAUCUUGCGCAUGUUCUAUCUAUCUAUCUAUCUAUCUAUCUAUUUGUUCAUUAUAUAUCUAUCACAGUUUGUUAUCUAUCUAUCUAUAUAUCUAUCUAUUUGUUCAUAUCUAUCUAUCUAUCUUGUUAUCUGUCACAGUUUGUUCAUUAUAUCUAUCUAUCACAUUUGUCAUAUCUAUCUAUCUAUCUAUCUAUCUAUCUGUCACAGUCUUAUACAUCUAUCUAUCUAUAUAUCUGUCACAGUUUGUUCAUUAUACAUCUAUCAUCUAUCUUUAUUAAUAUAUCUGUCACAGUUUGUUCAUUAUUUUGUUCAUAUCUUUGUUCUAUCUAUCUAUCUAUCUAUCUAUCUAUCUAUCUAUCUAUCUAUCUGUCACAUUUGUUCAUAUCUAUCUAUCUAUCUAUCUAUCUAUCUAUCUAUCUGUCACAGUUUGUUCAUUAUACAUCUAUCACUGUUUGUUCAUAUAUGUCACAGUUUGUUAAUAUAUGUCAUCUUCUUUCUAUCAUCUAUCUAUCUAUCUAUCUAUCUAUCUAUCUAUCUAUCUGUCACAUUUUCAUAUGUUCAUAUCUAUCUAUCUAUCUAUUUGUUAUCUCUAUCACAAUAUAUGUUUUGUUCAUUCUAUCUAUCUAUCUAUCUAUCUAUCAGUUUGUCCGUAAUAUAUCUAUCACAGUUUGUUAAUAUAUCUAUUUGUUCUAUCUAUCUAUCUAUCUCUAUCUAUCUAUCUAUCUAUCUAUCUAUCUAUCUAUCUGUUUUUUUUGUUCUAUCUCAUCUAUCUUUGUUCAUUAUCUAUCUAUCUAUCUAUAUCUAUAUCUAUCUUUUGUUAAUAUAUGUUAAUUUGUCAUAUCUAUCUAUCUAUCUAUCUAUCUAUCUAUCUAUCUAUCUCUAUCUAUCAUUUGUUCAUAUCUAUCUAUCUAUCUAUCUAUCUAUCUAUCUAUCUAUCUAUCUAUCUAUCUAUCUAUCUAUCUUUGUUAAUAUAUUCAAUUUUCCCCAUCAUCAUCUAUCUAUCUCCAUCUAUCUCUAUCUUCUUCUCUUCUAUCUUGUGAAUUUUCUCAUCUCCACUGUAACCUUGUCAUUCAUCCCUAUGCAGCCGGCUCUUCUGGUAACGAAAGAGAUAGAUAGAGAUAUAGAUAUAUUUGAAUAUCUAUCUAUCUAUCUAUCUAUCUAUCUAUCUAUCUAUCUAUCUAUCUAUCUAUGUGGUUACAAAAAAACUGAACUGUUAUGUUUUCAUACGUCGACCGGUGGGAGGGAGAUCUAUCUAUCUAUCUAUCUAUCGAUCUAUCUAUCUAUCUAUCUAUCUAUCUAUCUAAGUAUGUCCAUUUCUCUCUCUCUCUCUCUCUCUUUAUCUAACUAUCUAUCUAUCUAUGUAACCAUUUUCAUUUAUGUAUUUGCUCGGAGGUUUUGCCAGGUGCUCCGGCGACAGACCUCUUUGAACCAUUUGUGCCAAGCCGCUCGAACCGUCACUCAAAAUCCAGACAUCACAGGACAAAUGGUGGACGACUGGAUGAAUAUUGAUCUUAGUUCGAUUGUUAAACAGACUCUCUACACAAUGGACCAUUACAGCGAGAAAGACCACCAGACGAUUGCUAAUUGUAAGUAUCUAAUCUAUGUUUUUAAUUCUCUGAGAUAA